AAUCAGAGAGGUCGUUGUUAGUGAAGGCGGAGCGGACCAAUCAAAGGAGGCCGUUGCUGGGCGGUCGGCUUGUGACAUUGGGGAGCCACCAUGUUGGCGUCGCUGGGGCGUUCGGCGGGACGGCUGCUGCGGGUCGGCGGCGGCGCGGCCGGGAGGCGGCAUGCGGGCGGCGAGGUGCACAUCCAGCCGCGGUACCGGCAGUUCCCAGAGCUGACGCGGGCGCAGGUGGUGCGGAGCGAGCUGCUCAGCGGCUUCAUGUGGUUCUGGAUCCUGUGGCACUUCUGGCACAGCUCGGACAGCGUGCUGGGCCACUUCCCGUACCCCGACUCCUCGGCCUGGACAGAUGAGGAGCUCGGCAUCCCACCCGAUGACGCGGAGUAGGCACCGCCGGCACACAGCGCUGAAGGCAACAGGGUGCUGCUGAGGUCUUUCCCUGCCCUCGGCUGUAGGAGAGACUGGCCAGAACAUUCUCGGGAGUCUCUUCGGUUCCUUGCAGGUCUGUGGAACUAAGGAGGCCCUGGAACUGAUGCUUUGCUCUGCUGUCCUGGUCUCAAUAAAGUGAGCUGUUGACAAAUGUU